AUGCAACUGAACAAGUGCCUCAUCCUUCUGGCCACUUGCGCCACUACAGCCUUCUCUGUUGCCGUCCCCGAUGCCGCUGCCGCUGACGAGUGCAGCAACCUCGGCGGCGUCAUGUCGAUGGAGGCCGACAAGCUCCCUGAGGGUGUUAGCCUCUCCGAUCUUCGCAAGUGCGUUGAGCACCCCCACGGCCGCGAGCGUUUCCUCGACGAAGCCUCUCUGGCUCCAUUUGAGGAAGCCGAUGCUCCCUCCGGUGAAAAAAAAACUUCAACUGAGAUUGAGGCUGGUGGCCUGGAGGAGCGAGCUGCUGACGCGUGCUACACUGCUGCGCCUUACGGCUGCUCGAAGGGUUACUGCUGGAAGACUUGCGGUGACAAUGGUCAAUGGUGCUGGACUGCGUACAAGGCCGGGCUGGGCAGCUGGAUUAAAUGCAGUACAUACAAUGACUGCGGGACUACAACCUACGCCUGUGGCAGGGGUGUCGUUUUGAAAAUGCCAAUCUACACCCUCCACACGGAUGAGAACGGGUUGAAUGCAUUCGACUUUAUUAACUCCAUAACACUCCUACACAGCCAAACCUUCCAGACCGAACGCGCUGAAGUUCGAGUGGAAGUCGUUGUAGCCCCAAGAUUCAACGGGAAUCAAAGCCGUCAUACGGUCAGCGUGGAACGACAUGGAGGAAUAGGGUUUCAGCCCUCUGCUGGUCGAAGUGGAAUGAAAAAGACAACGGAGUAUCUCACUGUACAAAUCGAUUUCCGGGGCUCAGCAGCGCUGUGGGAAGCGUAUUGUACAAGACUUGUCCGCUUACGGCCAUCAAUCCGGUCAAUUUACCUUCAGAAAUUGGAGUUUGAGUUUGAAAGAAGAGAUCCAAAUUACACGGGAAAGAUUAUAACCCCGCCAAGAGAAGAUUCUCAGGCCUCUGCUGCUUUUUCUUCACCACCGCCGCCAGUGAACGAUGAGCCGCUUCCGCCAUAUCAGUCGUGA